UAAAGGAUUUUCCUGUUGCUAAAAACCAUUAAUGGUGGUGCUAGCGUGGUGCUACCGUUGGUGCUGCAGAGUUGGAAAUCGCAUCGCCACCACCCACCACCUCCCCAUUCUGGCGCUGGAGUCUCGACGUCGUCCUUGAGGUUGUUGUGCCGCACGCAAGACGACGACUGCGAAUCGUUUGUCUUCUGCAGUGUGUUGUUUGCUGGUGUCGUACCAUCCGAAGGCUUAUUCCCGGAUUUUAUUGCGGAUAGUUAGUUCGAAGUGACGAAACGACACGAUGGCCACCACCACCACCACCAAGUCAUCGUCCGCGCCCUUCCUGUUCGAGGUCCGGCCACGGUCGUGCUCGGUUGCUGCGGCGCGCCCGGUACGCAGUGUGAAGAGUGCCUCGGCUGCGUUGCGUCCCGUGCCAGCGUUUUCCAUCGAAUCGCUCCAGAAGAACACCUACGUCAUGGGACCACCGAAGGCGCAAAAACAACGUUAUCUGAUUCAACCGAAGGCAACCUCCUUCCGGAUGUACUACGAGCGGGGUGAUUUGCCGAUCAAGAUGGAGUACCUGACCGGUGGCGAUAAGAUCGCCUGGACGGUUGACAUCGACAAGCUCGACUAUGGCCUCUACCUGCCGCUGUUCUUCGAUGGGCUCUCCGAGACACGCCAUCCGUACAAAACGUACGCCCGGCAGGGUGUGCAGGAUUUGCUGGCGCACGGAGGGGACAAAAUUUAUCCCGUCAUUCCACAGCUAAUUAUCCCCAUUAAGAAUGCGCUCAACACGCGCAACAUGGAGGUGAUGUGCGUUACGUUGAAAAUCAUCCAGCAGCUCGUAAUGUCGUCGGAUCUGAUUGGCCCGGCCCUGGUACCGUUCUACCGUCAGCUGCUGCCCAUGUUUAAUGCCUACAAGGUGAAGAACAUCAACUCGGGUGAUGCAAUUGAUUAUGGCCAGAAGAACAACAUGAACGUGGGCGAUCUGAUCGAUGAAACACUGCAGGUGCUGGAGCGGCACGGCGGUGAGGACGCAUUCAUCAACAUUAAGUACAUGGUACCGACGUACGAGUCCUGCUACCUAAACUAAAGACCUGCAAGUGGUCGAGAUGAGAUGGAAUAGUGUGGAAGUUAAUGUCGUGUUGUUGGCGAUGCACGGUGAUGGCCUCCGACGAAUUCUCCAGCAACUGGCUGGUGCGAGCAGGAUCCUCUGACUGCUCACUAGCAUUGUUCGCGCACAUACCAGGAUGCCAGCGAGCGGAGGCGAUGGAUCGAUCGAAAGGGACAGGACAGAGCAGACCAUUGCUGAGCUUAACACACGAUGACAGUGCCAAAAACCUAGAGUAAGAGGGAGGAAAACGAUCGAUGGCCAUCGUGCCAACGGUGCAUUCCUUCAGGUGAGCCAUUCCUGAAGCGAACGUCCGGAAUGCGAAUGAGUGUGAAGGGGAGGGGGAAUGAAAGGUGUUCAGAGAAUGUUUAGCAGUCGUUGGGUUUAGUAGAUAGAGCAAAUGUUCCCUGGUGGGGUCCGGUAGGCUAGAAGAAAUUGGAUGAAAAUGCACCGACACCUGACAUGCUCUAUUUCAAACAAAACACACACUCUUACAGAUACACAUACACCGCAAAUGAACCGAAACAGAUGGCGCAUAUACGUAGCAUAAUUGACUGGCCGCAACGAGGUUCGUUCUUUGGUUAUUCGGUGCAACUUUCUGGCGGUACAUUAGUAAAUGGUAUAAUUGAUAAACUUAGUCUAGCAGGAAUCUAGUUAAUACAAGUUCUUUUCAUUACAACGACACCAUCUACGCAUAACAGUGAGCUAGUAAAUAGUGAUAGCAAGUAGGAUAAAUAUGAAUAUCCGUAUCUCUUAGCUUAACUCGGCUAUCUGGAUAUAUCGGGAAACCAUUUUGGCCUUAUCGAAGAUGCACAACCGCGGAAGCUCGCAACGGUGUGAUGUGUGUUCGGAU